GGGACAGGAGACUAUCGGGCCGGGUCAAAGGUGAAGCUCAAGAUGGCGGCGGGUGAGGAGCAGGGGUCCGUGGAGGUGGCGCCGGAGACGCGAAGCUUCAAGGAGCUGGGGGUGACGGACGUGCUGUGUGAGGCUUGCGACCAGCUGGGCUGGAAGACGCCGACCAGGAUCCAGAUCGAGGCCGUUCCGGUAGCGCUGCAAGGUCGUGAUGUCAUCGGACUGGCAGAAACAGGUUCUGGGAAAACAGGAGCUUUUGCUUUGCCCAUACUUCAGGCACUAUUGGAAACACCCCAGCGAUUCUUUGCUCUUGUCCUUACACCAACCCGGGAGCUGGCUUUCCAGAUUUCAGAGCAGUUUGAAGCUCUGGGAUCUUCCAUUGGUGUCCAGAGUGCUGUUAUCGUGGGUGGAAUUGACAUGAUGUCUCAGUCUCUGGCAUUAGCCAAGAAGCCACAUGUUGUAAUUGCAACACCAGGCCGUCUGAUUGACCACCUGGAAAACACAAAGGGCUUUAACUUGCGAGCUCUCAAGUACCUGGUUAUGGAUGAAGCUGACCGAAUCCUCAACAUGGAUUUUGAGACAGAGGUGGAUAAGAUCCUGAAAGUGAUUCCUCGGGACAGGAAGACAUUUCUUUUUUCUGCCACCAUGACCAAGAAGGUGCAAAAACUCCAGCGUGCUGCUCUGAAGGACCCUGUAAAAUGUGCUGUUUCCUCCAAGUAUCAGACGGUUGAAAAACUGCAGCAGUAUUACAUUUUCAUCCCCUCCAAGUUCAAGGACAGUUACUUGGUUUAUAUUCUGAAUGAACUGGCUGGAAAUUCCUUUAUGAUAUUCUGCAGUACCUGCAAUAACACCCAGAGGACUGCUCUCGUGCUUCGUAAUUUGGGGUUCACUGCCAUCCCUCUCCAUGGACAAAUGAGUCAGAAUAAACGACUAGGGUCCCUGAACAAAUUCAAGGCAAAGACACGUUCCAUUCUGCUAGCUACAGAUGUUGCAAGCAGAGGUUUGGAUAUCCCACAUGUGGACGUGGUGAUAAACUUUGACAUUCCCACUCACUCAAAGGAUUACAUUCACCGUGUGGGGAGGACAGCUCGAGCUGGGCGAUCUGGCAAAUCCAUCACCUUCGUCACACAGUAUGAUGUUGAGCUGUUCCAGCGCAUUGAGCACCUGAUUGGCAAGAAGCUGCCAGCAUUCCCCACACAAGAGGAGGAGGUCAUGAUGCUGACAGAACGUGUGGCUGAAGCCCAGAGAUUUGCUCGCAUGGAACUGAGGGAGCAAGGAGAGAAAAAGAAACGAUCCCGAGAUGAGGUCAAUGACAACGACGACACGGAAGCAGCCACAGGGGUCAGGAACAAGGUGGCUGGUGGGAAAAAGAAGAAAAGGAAAUUGCAUUAGCUUCACACUUAAAUGUUUUUUUACCACCUUCUCUCAGGCUGCCUGGGUUGUGGGGAGUCAGUGUAGUAAGCUGUAUCCCUAGCAAACUAAAAAGCUCUGGAAUUGCCCAUCUUUGAUUGGUAGUUCAUCUGGAAAGAUGUCUGUAUCACUUACUUCACCAGCACCUUCAUCAGUUGCAGGCUGAACCCAUAUCUUGGUAGUACUCUGGAAUCAGCUUCCCUUCAAAGGGUAAACAUUUUGGUGAUGUUGAUUCCCUGUCUAGUCCUGCAGCUGAGCUGUCCAUAUGGUUCUGGAAGUAGCUGUGUCUUUACACAGGGCUGAAUAAGAAAUACAGGCCUGUAAGAAAAGACUAGCAAGGUGGGGAAAGUCUCUUGUUCACUUGCCAUCCAGAUUCUUGGGAACACCUCUUCUCUCAGAACUUUUUAUAGAAACAAUGUGGGGGGAAGACUCCUUAGUCUCCUAGGCAUGGAUAAGGCAUUGCGAUACAGGAUGCUGACCUUUGACAGAAAGGUUCUUGCUCUAGAGAAAAUUGCAAAUAUAGUUUGGUUGUAAAAAAAAAAAAAAAAAAAAAAAAAAAAAAAUAUCUUUGGGUUUGUCUUAUAUCUUGUUUUGCUAUUUCUGCUAGCUUCCAAAGCCAUCUGUUCUAUAAAGCUUCCUUCCUUUUAUGUCAAAUUUCCUACAGUGCACCUACACAUGUACAUAUUUAAUUUGAGCCAUCACAGUGCCUUCUGUGGCAGUGAUGUUUUAGGCACCCUAGUGCACUGUUCCCAACCCCCCAUUCCCCAGCUUCAGUGUAAACACAGCUUCCAGCCACAGAGGAGCUGCACUGGGUCUGGGAAGCUGGAAGUUGCUUCUACAUUGCUGCCAUUAUUCCGCUGCCCAGCCCUAACACAGCUCCACUUUGGUUGGAAGCUGCACAUAAUAACACAGACUUGGGGAGGGGGAGGAAGGGUGGAGAGAAGUGGCAGCAGCGUGGACACAGUUUCCAGUUUCCCAGCCCCUGGCACAGAUUCCAGCUGAUUGGUCCCCAGCACAGUUCUUUGAUGCUCAGCCCCAGUGUGGGCACAGGCACAGACAAAGCUCUGUAGACUGAGUCCAGUGGCUCUGCAGAUCCUAUGUUGUCAACUCAAGCUUUGUUUUAAGUCAUCGUAAGCCUUUCUCCUUUGUAUAGUAAUAUCUGAAAGCCAACACAAGGGGGCACAGUUUACAUAAUUAAGUAGCAAUGCCCUGUGUCCUGAAGUAGCUGUAAAAAGCCCUCUGAUGCUAUUUUUCCUCUUAACAUUUUAGUAUUAAAUUUAAGGGAGCACAAGAGAAUUUCUCUAAAAGUGGAAGAACAGACCAGGAGAUUUGUGCUAAUAUGAGCAAAUAAGAACUGUAGUCAUUAACUGUCUUUAAAAAAAAAAAGGGGAGGGGUGAGGGGGGGCUACUUUGUGAGCAAUUAAAUAAUAAACCUGUGUAAUUAAAAAUGGUAAGACCCUGGAGCUUGAGUUUUAUAGGCAAUUCUGACUUUCAAAAGACAGUAAUUCCAAACUGGAAUAAAAAUAACAUUUCCUAGGGAAUGAAAAUUCUAGAUGCCUUCUGAGCCAAGGCCAGCAAAAUGUUUUCCAAUCAUGUCAAAGCAUAAUAUAAAACACUUAAAAUGUUACUAUGUAUUAUCAGAAUUUUUUAACUUGUUGAAUAUUUUAUCAGUUGGCACAUUAUUCCACAAAGUGUUUGGAGUAAAACUGUGUUUUCUAAUACAGGAAA